UACGUGGUCGCGCGCUAUUGUGGUAGUUUUUUUCUUUCGCUCGCAAUUACGUCGCGAUGAGUGCACGUCUGCGUUGACUCGGGGUGAACUUAACCAUGAUGCCGCUCGCACCACCGACCCCAGUGCUCGCGGUACCGUCGAAACCAAAGAUCGGUUUCUCGAUCGAUUCGAUCGUCGGGGCGGAAACGAGUCCGCCGCGUUCUUCGUCGCCGGUUCCGUAUUCGGAGACGGCGGCGCCGUCGCCGUCGAGCGACGCGGAUAACAGACUAGUGACUUCGCCGAGGUGUUCGCCGAAACCGCCGAUCAUGGUGCCCGGUAUCCCUGCUCACCUGGUGAGGCCGCCCGCGUACGACCAUAACCUCGUGGUUGCGAAAAAUGGCGGCGCGGGGUUUCUGCCGGCGGAGAUGCUGCACGGCGGUGGCGGGCAGCACCCGUUCGCGCUGGCGGCGCACUUCCAGGGGGCGGCGCUCGCCGCCGCCUUGGGAUCCGGACAGCACGGGUUCCCCGGUCAGCCGCCCCCGUCGCUGUCUGCCCACACGCCCCCCCGGGAUAGUUACCCGCUGUACCCGUGGCUGCUGUCGCGUCACGGAAGGAUAUUCCCGCACAGGUUUCCCGGAGGUCCCGACAUACCCGGGUUUCUCCUCCAGCCGUUCCGCAAGCCAAAGAGGAUAAGGACGGCUUUCAGCCCUUCGCAGUUGUUGAAGCUGGAACACGCCUUCGAGAAGAACCACUACGUGGUGGGUGCCGAACGAAAACAACUGGCGCAGUCUCUGUCGCUUACCGAAACCCAGGUGAAGGUGUGGUUCCAGAACCGCAGGACGAAGCACAAACGGAUGCAGCAGGAAGAAGAGGCCAAGACUAGCCAGGGGGGCAACAAAACGUCGGCGGAGAGUCAGAGCAACUCGCACUUGGUGACCAAAUGGAAGCAGGAAACUUCGGACGAGUACGGCGAGUACAUCGACAUGGAAAUGGAGGAGGAGUGCGCAAGCGACGACGAGGAGAGCGAAUCGUAAGAGACGGAGACUUCGCGCGUGCGCGACGAAAGUGUGCCAAUGAGAGACCGCGCGUGCCAAACACAUUUUUCAGUGCCAAUUUUUUUGUUUCGUCCGUAUAGUCCGGGACCCGUUCUCCCGGUGUACAUAGGUUAUUUAUUUGCCGCUUUGGCGGACUCAAACGACGUAUACAGGGUGUUUUGCAAAUGAACGGCCGGGUUUGCUUUUUUUUUGCAUGGAAAAAAAAAACAUUAACGUCGACGUGAACGUACUAUAUGCACUGUGUGCGCUACUGGGGGGCAUGUCCGUUGUUAGUGAAGACAGAAGCUUGCGAAACACAAAAUAAUAAUAAUAAUAAUAAUAAUAAUAGUCUUUGUGAUUGUGUUUUUUACUGCACAAAGAAAAAGUUUACCUAUGUUUUGUAGGCCAAUCUGGUCCGCUUGGUACGAGCGUUUUCUGUAUAAAUGAUGAUGAUGAUUUAUUUAAUAUCUAAGACAGUUGCCUUAUUUAUUCAUGACAAUACCUACACAAUAACUUUUAUAAUUUGCGUGAAGCCAACUUAGUUAAUUUGUAACAUUUCGCUUAGCUUUAUGAGCUAUAUAUUAUUCAAAAACAAAAACCAAAAACAGAUCUAUAUCCUCUAAAAAGGGCCUUACUUGUCUGCCCAACCUUGUUGAAAAAAAUAUGGUAUUAAUGUGCGAUAACUUUACAUUGUCUAAUAAUUCUGAUAUAACAUCUUUUUAUGUACAACAAAACACAAAUUUGCUCCAAGACCCGAUUGCAAUAUACCAGUCACCUAUCUGAAUCGUCAGGAUGUAAAUGAUACGUUGACUUUAUAGGGCCUAAAUUUAUGGCCCUUUGAUAGUUUUUUUCACUCCCACAUGGGCUCGUAGGCUUCUAAGUAAAUUCGCCUUUUUCAUAGAUAUUUUUUGGCACGACUUGGUCGUGGUCCCUCUGGAAACUUUAAAGUAAAAAAAAAACAUAAGUGACAUUCCGCUAUUCAUUAAAUACAACGUUUUUACCCAGUGACAUUUUCAAAGCAAGCGUUUAUUAUGUUAAAUUUUUUCGAAAGCCAUUGUUUUAACAGCUAUUUUUUAAUAUUUUUACGAUGAUAAUUAGCAAUGUCCCAUGGUGUUAGGAAAAGUGGGUCGAAAAAUAUUUAAUUUAUGCAGGUGGUCCCAUACUCGUAUACAGUUUUGAGAAGUUCAUACCAAGCGGAAUCAAACAAGAUAUAAUAAUAAUUAAUAAUAAUAAUAAUAAUAAUAAUCUGUCUUUAUUGAAAAUGAAAAUAUUGUCAACAAAAUGCACACCCGUAUAUACAUCGUAAAUACAACAAAUAGACGCAAAUCAUAGACGCUUUUGCUAGACACUGGCGGGCCUAAUAAACAAUAUUAACGCUUUUUUGAAGGACUUUAUUGUGGGAAGGGACGUUAUAGCAUAAAAAACAUCUGUAAGGUUACCGAAGUGUGCCUAGGAACGCCCUAGGAACGCAAUAUCUUAAACAAUGACGGGUGCCUCGAUUAUGAAUGUCGUUUUCUCUGGAAAGUUUACGAGUACGACGAGUACGACGGAGUCUUGUUGGAGUAACUAGAACGAAUUCAAGCAUUCUGAAGUCGCUGGAGUCUCUCCUUCUCUCGAUUAAGUAUAGCACAGAGUUUAAGUUUGUACAAUGUCCUCAGCUAACAUGCUUAGUCACCGUCAAACCGUAAUAAAUUUUUACAACCACCUGAAGAAGGAGAGAUAAUCUCAUCAUUUUGUGUAAUCUUAAAAGAAUUGUUUUUUUUUCAAUAUCUUCCCUUUUAUUUCCAAUUAAUAACAUCUGCGUUUUGUUAGUAUUCAAUAAGAGGUUGUGAGCCGCAAACACCUCCGCAAUUAUUUUUAGAUGUAAAUUUAUUUUAGUAAAGAUUUACAAAAUUUAAGAAAAGUAGAGAAGUCAGCUGUAUAAACGGAGAACAGCAUAAGCCCCAGAGUACUCCCCUGGGGAACCCCCUUCUCCAAAGCAAUGACGUUUGAAUGAGUAUUUCCUAUAACUACCCUUUGGUAUCUCUGAAAAAAAUGAUCCAAGGUGCGCUUUGGUAUAGUUCCAAGAGUAUGAGACAAGAGUCUAAUUUAGAAUCCGCCGCUCUCAAUAGAUCAUCAGUAACAUGAAGCAAGGCAGGAGUACCGUUAUGAAGAGGUCGAAAACCAGAUUGAGAGUCUGGGAGGAUUUUGUUACAGCAUAGGAACUGACGAAGUUGUUUAGUUGCAUUUUUUUCAAUAAUCUUUGAUACCGUUGGCAGCAAACUGAUUGGUCUAAAAUCGUUCAUUCCACUUGGACACUUUUUCUUUGGAACGGGUAUAACUUCAGCUUGCUUCCAUGAGUCCGGAAAAACCCCGGUCAGCAGACACUUGUUAACAAAGAAAGUGAUGUGGAGUAGUCACUUUUACAUCAAUAUUGUCUGGGCCAUUAGCGUUAGUUUUAAAACUAACCAAAGUUUCAUUAACUUCCUCAGGGUAAACUUUAGCAUUAGAACAAAAUUGUCACAAAAUCCGGAUCAAUACCACCAACGACUCCAAAAGAAGUAAAGGCAAAGUUAAAACCAUUAGGUUGGCCAAAAUUGUUACUAUUUUUAUGUUAUUGUUUGCAUUCGAAGAAGCCGAGCUUUUUUUUUUUUUUUGAAAGACGAAAACAUUUAUCAAAAAAGUACCGUCUUCACCAACAACGGACAUACCCCUUGCAGUGUACAGUGUGUCCCUUUUUUGAUGCUUUUACAGCGUUUAUUAUCAAAGUUGGCGUCUUGCUACACAACGCUGAUUUUUUAUGAAAUGAAAGGUGUCGCCAACAGAAAUUAGGAAUCGAAAAACCCCAACACAUUUAUUUAUAUAUCCUUAUAAUUUGACACGCGGUGCCUAUUUGAAUAAAUAUAAAUGAAACAAAAAAAAAAUAUCGCAUAGAUGCGCACGUUGAUACUUUGAUACUGUUGAUAACUAAAUAUUUUUCAAAAAUUACCGACAUUUUCUGCAAAACGUAGGCUUAAAAAUGCAAAAACUACACUAAACAUCUACGGAAGUCCCAUAGAUACGAAAGAAUGAUUUGUUUUUGCAAAUAUUAACUUGCACUGUUGAGUUAGAAAAAGAGUUACUAGACCUGCAAAAGUUGAGAGGUUUAAAUCUUAAAUAAAAUAUGUUCAAAAAAGGAGUUGAAAAAGAAAACUUCAUAUGAACAUACGCCCCAAACUCCUUAACUUUUGAGAUACACAUUUUCAAAAAUAUUUUUUUUUUACAAGAUUGAUAAUUGAUGAUAAAUACUAUGAUGCUAUGAUAUCCAAUUCCUUAUAAUUGUAACAAUUAUAACAAUAAUCACGAAAUAUUAUGACUGUUUGAUGACGAAGUUAUAUUAGACAGUUUUUUGUUAUGCUCACACAACAAUUGCUGAAACACCUCUUAUGUGACAGAUAUUUUUGAAAUCUUUGAAAGAAUAAUUGAAUUUAAAGAAAAAACGUUCUUUAAUUUGUAUAUCAAAAUUUGAAGAAAACUGACUACGCUACUGUAUCCUGCUAGGAAAAUCCUUAGUUAUCAACUUUUCACGUCUAAAAAAAAUCCGUGAUAGAUAUAACGUUUCUGUUUGUGCUGACUUUCAUUCCAUAAAAUAACCCAACUCAACAAGCCAUUAAUCAUUUUCAUUAAAUCUGGCAAAGUGUUUAUGCAUUAAAAUCACCGAAAAAUGACCUCCUCAGAUAUACAGGGUGAUUCGUUCCAUAUUUAAAAUGUUUUUUGAAUUUCUUUUCAUUAAUUGGCUGAGUUUUAUUAUUUUCUUAUCUGUCGAAUUAUUGUUGAAACGUGUUGGAAAAAGCAGUGCUGUACGUGAUGCGCCCUGUAUAUAUCAUAUAUAUUUAUUAUUUAACUGUACAUACAAAAUUAUGAAAUUGUACAUAGUCGUCUGUAUGAUAGCGGGGUGGCUUCCUUUGCCGGCAACAUUUUUUGCGUUUAAUUUUCGUUCUGUGAUUAUUGUGUAUAUUGUAUAUAUCUCAUGUAGAACGUAGGGGGCGUCCGGUUUUCCGUGGAGCCGCCUCAGCCGCCUAUACCAUAUUUUUAAUAAUCGCGAUUAUUGUUAUCGCAAUUAUUUUUGAAAAUAUAAACCUAAUUUUAAACCUUAAUUAAAUGUCUUAGAAAAAUAGCAAAAUUGCAAUAUUAUACAGGGUGUUCCAUUUAAAAUAAGAUAUUUGCAUACAUGGAAAAUUAAAAAUUUGCAACUUUUCUUUCUAUCUUCGUUUAUUUUAUUUUUAUCGUCUAUUUUUUAUAUGAAGGCAAGCAUUUUGCGUGGGUUAUUUUGACCAAAAAAAAAACUAUGUCUAACUAUGGGUCGACGAAAAUACGCGAGAGUAUAAUUGGUUGCAUACCCGUUGGCGGAGGCGGUUCGACCGGAUAGUGUACAUUUACCGUUUAUGUGUGUGAAAUGGAGAUUUUUGCUUAAAAAGUACUCGUAACUCUCCGGAACGUCAAUUUCGUAGGUUACUUUUCGUUUUCGUGACGUUUUAGCGAUUCGGUGUUAUGAAUGUCUGAGUGUUUUCCGAUUACGUUGGACAUUGGUACUUAAAUUUAUUAUAGUACAAACGAAAUUAAAGAACCUUUA